UCAGACUCAGUCAAGAUUUUGUCACACACACCCCUCAGGAAUGGCGCCCCCCACCGCCCCCACCUUCCUCCACCUCUGUACUUUCCUGCUUACUCAAAACUCUCCUCUGGACCACUAACUCUGACAGUGCUUGCUCUGCAGUAGGAAAAGCUGGGCUUUAUGAUUGGGCUGGUCUUGAUUUGUGAUGGGUAAUUUGGAACCCUCCCAAGCAGCUUUCAAAAGUCAAAUGUGUGCAUGUGUUUUCCUAGAAUUUGAUCUAUCACAUGUUUCUGCUUUUAAGAAAUUAUAAAAGAUGGGGAAGAUAAGCUACAGCGGAGAGACUUCUAGAGAAGUCUGGCCUUUGUAUUCAGGCCAAAUGAGCUGCCUCAAAAGGCAAAUAGCUCUGGGGUAAUUAUGGAAAUGUAUAUAUGGGGAGGUGCAGAAAUGAAGCACAAACUACUUAUGCAGAUUGAUCCUCAGCCCCCUUGGAUCAUCUGGCUUGUGUCUAAAAUAGUGCUAAGUCUGCUUCUACAAUGGAACUUCACAACCACAGACCCUUGAAGGGACAUCUCAGAUUUACAGAACCCAUCUCCAUUUCUGAUUUAAUCCCAGAAUGCCCCUCUUUUCCUUUGGACAUCCCUAUUUUCAUCUUUCUUGGGUUCCAUGAUCACUACAGAUGGUGACAGCAGUCAUGAAAUUAAAAGACGCCUGCUUCUUGGGAGAAAAGCAAUGACAAACCUAGACAGCAUCUUAAAAAGCAGAGACAUCACCUUGCCGACAAAGGUCCGUAUAGUUAAAGCUAUGGUUUUCCCAGUAGUGAUGUAUGGAAGUGAGAGCUGGACCAUAAAGAAGGCUGAUCACUGAAGAAUUGAUGUUUUUGAAUUAUGGUGCUGGAGGAGACUCUUGAUUGUCCCAUGAACUGCAAGAAGUUCAAACCUAUCCAUUCUGAAGGAAAUCAGCCCUGAGUGCUCACUGGAAGGACAGAUUGUGAAGCUGAGGCCCCAAUACUUUGGCCACCUCAUGAGAAGAGAAGACUCUCUGGAAAAGACCCUGAUGUUGGGAAAGAUGGAGGGCACUAGGAGAAGGGGACGACAGAGGACGAGAUGGUUGGACAGUGUUCUCGAAGCUACGAACGUGAGUUUGACCAAACUGCGGGAGGCAGUGGAAGACAGGAGUGCCUGGCGUGCUAUGGUCCAUAGGGUCACGAAGAGUCGGACACGACUAAACGACUAAACAACAACAACACCACCAUGAUUUGCCACCUUACUGUAUUAAGAGGCAAUAGCAACCUAGAACAUGCUCUCUCUCUCUCUCUCUCCUUAUUGAGAGAAGAAGGGGACAAGAGAGGACGAGAUGGUUGGACAGUGUUCUCGAAGCUACGAACAUGAGUCUGACCAAACUGCGGGAGGCAGUGGAAGACAGGAGUGCCUGGCGUGCUAUGGUCCAUGGGGUCACGAAGAGUCGGACACGACUAAGUGACUAAACAACAACAACAACAACAAAUUUUCAUCAGAGAAAUGUUGGAGGGUGUGGAGUUAUCUGACUCCCGAGCCAUCUGAAGGCAGCCAUGUAUAGGGAAGUUCUUUCAAUUAUUUUUAAUCUGAUCAGAAUAUCAAAGAAAGAAGUAUUUGUGUGAUACUAUAGCAAUUUUACUACAGAAUACAGUGCAAAAAUCAACAUGUCUUAGUUCUACUGCCCACUCAGAGAUAAUAAAGCUCUCUCUCUCUCUCUCUCUCUCUCUCUCUCUCUCUCUCACACACACACACACACACACGGAACAUAAGGGAAGGAGCUUUAAUUCUUGUACCAGUGAGUCAAGCAUGCAGUAAUAUUGCCAUUUUGAUGACACAUCCAUACUUGUUCAGCCUUGUUAACCUUUAGAGGAACAAGAGAAAGCUGUUGAAUCUACAAGAAAAAUGUAUAUACUGUUGGCAUUUGUCUGUGAAAUGAGUUUGUAAGCUUUAAAAGGUCUUGCUGGCUCCAGUCCAAAGGACUUUGUGCUCCUACAUUUGCGGUAUUUUGAAGUCAAUUUAGUGGCUCAGCAGGGUUUGUAUGGGGAAAGUGAAUGACAGCCGUAGCUCUUUAAGACAGGCCAGAUCAUAAAUUAGAGUUAGAAACUAGCACCUACUUAGAAUGUAGAAGGUCUCAACCUUAGUACUAGGAAAACUUCUGAUACACUCUCCUAAUCAGAAUUUCCUUCUUGAUUUUGGAGUUCUGAAUGAACUGGGUUUGUUAGAAUAGAGUUGGAUGGGACCUCAAAAGUUACCAAGUCUAACCCCACAUCUUCUCUGAUGGAUGCCCUUCUAGUUCUCACUGUCGAAUCAAAUUAACUCCAUCGGUUUGACAGUCCUUCAAAUAUUUUUCAUUUAUUUCAUUUAAAAAUAUUUAUAUGCCACAAUAUAUAUAGCUAUUAUUGUAAACUGCUUUGUUUUUUUAAUAAGAAAAACACAUACAAAUUAAAACCAGAGACCAUCAAUUAAAGACCAUCAAUCACAGAAAGAUGUGUUAUUAGUUGCUUAGAGAAGCUGGGUAGAAUAAAAGAGUGUUCAGCCUGCGUUUUAAAGAUUGAAAGAGAAGGCACCUGCUGAAUCUCUAUUGGCAGGGUAUUCCAUGACAGUGGGCUGAAAAAUGGUUUGAAAAUUGUUAGCUUUUGUCUCUUAAUUGUCUCUUCUCUGGGCUAAAUAUACGCAGUAUGAAACUUGGUCUACCAAACUGAACCAAUGCUUUAGAAAGCCUCUAUAGUUCUGUCGGUUUGUUUUUUCAUUUCUGAGAGUGUGUACGCACAUUUUAUUUUAGACUCAAUGAAGCACACGUUUCUUCUAUAUAGUCCACAAACAAUCUAGAUCUAUUGCAUACAGUAUUUAUUGCCCCCCGGAAAGUGCUUCUUGAGCAGGGGUCAGCAACCUUUGUCAGCCGUGGGCUGGUCCACCAUCCCUCAGACCAUGUGGUGGGCUGGACUUAUGUUUUUUUUGGGGGGGGAUGAACAAAUUCCUAUGCCCCACAAAUAACUCAGAGAUGCUUUUUAAAUAAAAGCACACAUUCUACUCAUGUAAAAACACACUGAUUCCCAGACCGUCUGUGGGCCGGAUUGAGAAGGUGAUUGGGCCGCAUCCGGCCCACGGGCCUUAGGUUGCCUACCCCUGUUCUUGAGAAACAGGUUCCAUUCCAAAAAUGAAAGCUCGUUGACAAUUGAUUUUCUCAUUACCCCACUGCAUAUCCAUUUGAAAAAAAAGUUGGCCGUCUCAGCAGCGGCAGUUCUAUCCACCCCUGCCCAAUGACAUUGUGGGUGGGCAUUUACCAAGAUGGUUAUCAUCACUUCCUCCUUCCCUCAGCUGGGGCAUGUGCAGGAAGGAAAAGGCUUGCAUAACCUAAUCAAGGGGAAGGUUUCCAAAUUUGUAUCAAGUAACUACACCCAUCCUUGUGGACGGCAGGAUCUAGGAUCAAUCUAGAUUGAAAGCAACAUGCUGAGGACAAGCAUAUGAACGAUGCCAGAAUGAGGAAAAACUACAUUUCUGUGCUACAAGCAGGUAGUCAUCUGAUUUGGCAGGCCUCCAUGAAAAAUCCGAAGAUGAACAAGCAAAUUAAUCCAUGAGAUUUGCUUCCUUCCUGGAGGUGGUGGAAGAAGAAAAGGAGGAAGGUGAGGCUGACCUGAGGCUGGAGAUGUCACCAUCAGGUGCACUGAUUCUGCUGCUUGCUCUAAACACACGGCUUGUUAACGCUAAGGUUGGCCCUCCCACAGACCUAUCUCUGGAAGUCAAACAGUUGAAAGAGAGAGCGUAUGUGUGGGCAAAAUGGUCACCGCCUCAAUUGGUUGAUGAUGGAACAAGAGGGCAAAUGUGCAAUUAUGAAUUGCGAUUGAAGCCUACAGGAGAGAAAGAAUGGGAGACUCAUUUUGUUGGAGAGCAAACACAGUAUGAAAUAUCCCAGCUGCACCCAGCAGUGAAAUAUACUUUUCAGGUUCGCUGUAUAACAGAGCAUAGUGAAAGGAGCGAAUGGAGCCCAGAAACUUACCUCCAGCUCCCCAGUGGCCAACCUCCAGGGAAGCCAGAGUUAAUAAGAUGUCGCUCACCUGAGAAAGAAACCUUUACUUGCUGGUGGAAGCCCAGUUCCGAUGGAGGUCUGCCGAGCAAUUACACUCUGUUCUAUAACAAGGAAGGAGACAGGGCAUACUACGAAUGCCCGGACUACAUAACAGCGGGCCCCAACUCCUGUCAUUUUGAUAAAAAACAUACUUCGCUUUGGAUGACAUACAAUUUUACCAUAACAGCGACUAAUGAGAUGGGCAGUAUUUCAUCUCAGCCUUAUUAUGUGGAUGUGGCUAAUAUAGUUCAGCCAGACCCUCCUGAAAAUCUCUCCCUGGAAUUUGAGAAAAAAGUAUAUGGAAAAUAUCUGUUGUUGAACUGGUCUCCACCUUCGCUGGGCGACAUCAGAUCUGGUUGGCUAACCCUAGAAUAUGAGUUACAUAUAAAGCCUGAAGGGGGACAAGAAUGGGAGAAAAUAUUUGUUGGUCAGAGAACAACAUAUAAGAUGUUCAGUGUAAAUCCAGGAGAAAAGUAUGUUGCCAAAGUUCGCUGCAGAUCAGAUCAUGGAACGUGGAGCGACUGGAGUCCUGAAAGUUUUAUUAAGCUCCGAAAAGAGUUCAGACUGAAGGAUAUGCUUGUUUGGAUCUUUGUGGCUUUUUUAUCGUUUGUCGUAUGUUUGGUCAUGAUCUGGACACUGGCUUUGAAAAAAAUUAACAUGGUGGCUUGCCUUCUGCCACCAGUACCAGGACCAAAGAUAAAAGGCUUUGACACCCAGCUACUAGAAGCAGGGAAAACGGAAGAAUUGCUGAGUGCUCUUGGUUGCCAGGGAUUCCCUCCAACACCGGGCUAUGAAGACCUGCUGGUAGAAUUUUUGGAGAUAGAUGACAGCGAAGACCAGCAGCUCAUGCCAAGCACCGAAAAGAGCCACCCCAAUAAAAAUGUGAAGUUGGUGCACCAGGAAACAGACAGCGACUCGGGAAGGGGAAGCUGCGAGAGCCCUUCUCUGUUGGCAGAGAAGCGCAAGGAAGCCCAAAAGCCGCUCUUGGAAUUGAAAAUACCAGAUACCUAUGGGGUGCAAAAUGCUCAUAGAAACAGCAUGCAGGAGUCACCAAAAGGGGGCGCUGAAGGUCAGCUCCCCUGGAUUAACAGUGGUGAACCUAGGCCAUCCACGUGGUGUGGAGGUCAGCUCCCUAACUGUCAGACGUCUAAAUGUCCCUACCAUGACACAGUGGAUGUAUGUAAAAGGGCAGUCAGUGCCAUGAAUAUAAACAGGAAGGGGAGCGAGGAAGGAAAGUGUUGUUCGCAAUAUCCUGAACUCAUUGAGACUCUUGGUGAAAGAAAACCAGCCAACUUGGAGAAAGCAGCAGAUCUACUCUCAAAUGCUCAGCACGGCCAAGUGGGGUUGUGGCUACUCCCACCAGAAAGGCCGCCAUUCCUGUCUACAAAACCCACAGAUUACGUGGAAGUUCACAAAGUCAACCAAGACGGAGCUCUGGCUGUACUACCAAAGCAGAAAGAAACUGUAGGCAAAAAGGAAAGGCCUUUUGUCCCUGGGGAUGCGAAUGAAUACACCAAGGUUUCGACAGUCGUAUCCAACCAUAUUCUGGUGUUGUUGCCAGAUCCCAAAGCGGAGGUGUUGCCUUCCUUUCAGGAGCCACUGAAAGAGCUUGCCCAGAGUUGUCAGCAGAGCCAAGCAGAGUUAAAUUUCAGCUAUUGUCUCACAGCUCCAAGCAGCUGCAAAGUACAGACUGGUGGACUAGACUACAUGGAUCCCAAUAAUUUUAUGUGCCCCUUUAACUGAAAGGUUAGCCAUCCUUCUACAGGUAACAACACUACAAGUAAAAUUAAGUGUUGGCACAAAACUGCUCACAUGUCUGGUUUAGCUCAGUGGUAGCUCAUGCCUUCUUUUGCUUUAUGGCCAGUCACUUAAGAACAUGCUGGUUGCUGGAUCCAAAUCAGUUUUUUCCCUACCUGUGAUUUUUACAGUUCUUUUUGUGAAGAGUGAUUUACAGAAAAGUAAAAGUUUGUGGCAUAGUUUUGAAAACACAAGCAUCCAUUUCUGGUAAUACAUUCUAAAAAAACAGGGAGGGAUUUGUGUGUUGAUGUUACACAAGCAAUCCUGAGAUCAUAAAUGUUGUCCAAAAAAUUGUAUUGGUAACUAUUGAACAACACCAGUAGUGUCCAACUUGUUUUUGGCAACUGUGUGUCACACAAUGCAAGUACAAUAUAUGAGACGGUGUCUGCUGCGGUGUGUGAACUACAGUGUGAACAACCCAUCAUACCUAAUUUGCGUAUAGGUCCUCGAGUUUGUUGAGCCAGUGGUGGGGAAGCGAGGCUGGAGUCUGGCUCAGGAGAGAGUGCCAGUGAUUUGUGGGGAACUGCGCUGGACAAGAGGCAAGAGUUGGAGGCAGGGAAAGCUUCAGGUGGAGCACACGAUGGGUUGGAAGGAGAGGAGGAAGAGGCAGGUCGGGCAAUUGAGAGGCCAGGCGCUUCCCCACCACUGUCUCCCAGACCCAGGAGGGGACUGAAGAGGGAUGAGCAGAGGAUAGGCAUAGUCUAUGGCUGCAUGCAUGCAGCCUUUUGGGGAAAAGUACAUAAAUAGGUGGAGGCGGAGUGGUCCCCUGUUGCUGCAACUUCUCCGUAGACCAUGGACUGGGAAUAGCUGCCUGGACACUAAAUUGGUGGUGGUGGUGGUGGUGUAUUCAGAGCCAUAGAAAUGACUGUGUUAUGUUUGACGUCAUAGAGUUAACCAGCGGCUAUGUGCAUUUCCUUGAUUGGGGAGUGCCCUGAACAGAACAGGCAGCAGAAAUGGGCAGGCCUCACUCUGUGCCAUAGCUAAGCCCAGGAGCAUUCCUGUCCAGACUGCCUCAGGCCCCUACAGUCUGUGCUGCUUCUGGCAUCUAUGCUGAAGCUGGCUCCAGCUUUGAGGGAGUCCUCAUCAUGGAGGUUGCUGGUGGGCCUUUGCAGAUGUAUGUCCAGGGGGGGGGGAGCUCCUUUCCUCCUCUUUAUUUCCACCAGACACAAAGAGUGUGCAAGGCCCACAAGGAGGAGGCCGUGUUGCACCAAUGAGUAUCAAACAGCACCAUUGUCAUCACGCACAGAGCAACAUAGCAAUGCUGGGCCUUAUCUGUGCCAUAGGCUGGCCAGCUGAAAAUGACAUACUUUGCUGUUGCCUGAGGAAAACUAGCCAAAUAUAUCAAAUUCAAUGAAAAGUAAAUGCCCAAAUGAAAAACUUAAUGGAUUGCAUUAUUAUUCCAUUUAUGGCACUAGCAAAAAAUCAAUCAAUCAAAAUUAUUUCAUGUUCUGCAAUGUAUUUUAAAUAAGUUUUAAAGGCUAGUACAGUUUUUAUAAUAUAUUUUUCUUUGCCCUUUCUUUCUUUCUCUUUCUUUUAAAAACCCACUUUUCUGGAUGUUAAAAAUCUAUCAUCUAUCUAUCUAUCUAUCUAUCUAUCUAUCUAUCUAUCUAUCUAUGAGAGAUCUAAUAUAUUGAAGGUAUUAGCCACUUUUUAACACGUUUUUCUGCUUUUAGUGCAGCAGUUGGGAAUCUGUGGUUCUCUGGAUAUUGCCAAACUCUUGAUUCCCAUCAGCCCCUACCAGCACGGCCAAUGGUCAAGGAUGACAUGAGUCCAACAACUUCUGGAGGGCCGCUGGCUUCCCACUCCUCUUUUACCGUGAUGAAUUAUUUGCUGUGCGAGUUCCUCAAAGUUUAAAAGAAACUCCAUUAGCACCAGUAGCAUUACUUACAAGUAUUCCAACAUUUAGGGGAGAGGAGAAAUCUAAACGAAUCAUAGCAUUGUAGAGUUGGAAGGGACCCUGAGAGUCAUGUAGCCCAAUCCCAUGCAAUGCAGGAAUCUCAACUAAAGCAUCCAUAACAGGUGGCUACCCAACCUCUUCUUAAAAACCUGCAAGGAAGGAGAGUCAUCCACCUUCUGAGGGAGCCUGUUCCACUGUUGAACACCUCUUACUGUCAGAAAGUUCUUUCUGAUGUUUAGUUGGAAUCUCCUUUCUUGUAACUUGAAUCCAUUGGUUUGGGUCCUACCCUCCAGAGCAGCACAAAACAAGCUUGCUCCAUCUUCUGUGAGACAGACCUUGAGAUAUUUGAAGAUGGCUAUCAAAUCUCCUCUCUGUCUUUACAUGGACUACCACCAAGCCAGCUAUCUCCACCUUAUAUUUGUGUAGCUGGUUCUUCCUGCCUAAGUGUACAUUUGUCCACUUAAUUUGUCAAUUUGUAAUUCAUCUCAGUUUGGUGUCAUCUGAAAAUUUGAUGAACAUCCCCACAAUACCUUCAUCCAAGUAUUUUUUUUAAGUAGACCAUGUUAAGACUUGCAAUUCACUAAAGGUCCUGUUGAAAUAGACAAAUUUAUUCAAUAUGGCACAUAAAGGUUUAGCAAACAGGUACCUCCCUUUGAACUACACAUUUUAUAUAAAUAAAAUAUCUACUUUAGUUUUGCACUGUUGCUGAGUGUUGCAUUUGUGCUUUUUACAUUUUUAAUAAGGCAGGCAGUUAAUUUAUAUAACUAGCAGAAACUUUUAAGAGGCCCUGCACAAAUAUUUCUAUGUAAUUUUCUGGAUUAAAAGAUACUGUAAUAAUCUUUGGAGUUAAUGAUAUGCUCUGGUGACUGGGGGCACACACACCUCCAAAUUUUUGGAGUAUGCUAUUUGUGGUGAGAUAUGAUGUUCAAUGAAUAUUUUUGACACUUUAUUUAUAUAUCAAAUCUGCACCCCCAGCAGACUGGUAUUGAAGUAGCAAAUUCUGUCCUAACUUUGUUAAUGUGCUUUUGUGUAACUUUGUUAAAGCUACACAUGCUUCGUUUUGUUGUCGUUCAUACAUGUAAUGACCGUUGGUUAAAACUCCAUCAGCAGCUUUUUCUAUGGUGAUUUCUAAACUAUUCUGUAGAAACAGUUCGCGUUGAUACAGUUUAAGUCACUUAUUUUGGCUGCAACUCUAAGCACAUUUAUUGAUAAGUGAGUCCCAUGGAACUCAGCAGGGACGUAUUUCUACCUAGUAAAUGUGGCUGCGGGUGCUGAUUAUUUUGUUGAGUUGAAAUAACGUGAAUGUUGUGGAGGAAAACCAAAGUAACCUAAACCAGCUAAACGAAUUUCUGCUGAAAAGCCAUAAAGUUGUGUUACAAUCAAGACAGUUGAAAGCACAAGGUCCCCCCCCCCUUACAGGCAAAUCAUACUACCUCAGGUUUCCAUUUCCCACUAAGAGAGAGAAGGAGAAAGACAGUGAUAUGUCAAAUUGCCAAUUACUGUAUUUUAAAAGGAGCAAAUUGAGCCCUUCACAAUCACUUUGCUGUUUAAGGCGGAUGGUUUAUUAAAUAGUUUGUUGCGCAUCCAUGACAAGCUUGUAUACGUAUGUAGCACUCUUCAGACAUUAUUUGUGCAUUCCCAACAUGCAUACAUUUAUUAAUGUAACUUGAAACUCUGGAACUCUGCUUUUUCAAACCUGAAUCCAUUCUUUGUGUGCGCGCACAUUAAUUGAGCAAUGGUUUUAGCUCCACAAUUGGCUGUGGCAGUGGCAUAGCUAGCCGCCUGGCUGCCUGGGGCGGCAAACUCGAAGGCACCCCACCGCAUGUGCGCAUUGUGACGCACGACGCAUGCGUGCACAGGAGGCAUACGACGUAGCGAUGCGGCAAACCCCGUGAGCAAGCCGCGGAGUGAGGCAGUUUCGCUUGCAUUAGGGCUUCUCCUCGAUGGCAGUGGGCGCCGGAGGUGGUCAGCCCCGUCCAGCCUGCUACCCCCCACGCAGACUGUCGCCGGGGCGGCGCACCCCCCUGCACCCCCAUUACUACACCACUGGGCUGUGGUAUGCAGAUAAUGUCUCAAGUUGGGGGCUGGCAAGUGACAUUGCUAAUGGUGGUUAAUCUGGUGGUGCUGAGCUGUGUACAAAUGAAACUAGUCCACGACAGGGUUACCAGCCAGCUGAUAUUUUAUUGGUGCAAGAUUGCAUCAGAGGAGAAUCCAUAUUAUUUCUUGCUUCACGUGACCCAACACGACCUACCAGAUUGCACCCGUAACGCAAGCAGGUUUCUCAUUGCCUCCACCACUCAGCUGCUUCAGGCCUAUCAAGGUCUGUCCAGGGUCCAUCCUUUGCUUGCCAACCAAAUUUUGCCAAGGCUUUGAUUCCUUAACCCCAUCCAAGGGGCGGGAGAACCCUAUGGGAAAUGUUUUUU